AGCGCCAACCCCUGCUCGGCCCUGUAUCAGGAAGCGCUGGGGCACAGGAGCGGAGUUGAGACCCACGCCAGGAUGGUGGUGACUUCGCUGAAGCUCCAGGAUCUAAUCGAGGAGAUCCGUGGGGCCAAGACCCAGGCGCAGGAGCGGGAGGUGAUCCAGAGGGAGUGCGCCCACAUCCGGGCCUCCUUCCGCGACGGGGACCCUGCGCAGAGGCACCGCCAGCUGGCCAAGCUGCUGUACGUCCACAUGUUGGGCUACCCCGCCCACUUUGGACAGAUGGAGUGUCUGAAAUUGAUCGCCUCCCCCAGAUUCACAGACAAGAGGGUGGGCUACCUGGGGGCCAUGCUUCUGUUGGAUGAGAGGCACGAUGCCCACCUACUCAUUACCAACAGCAUCAAGAACGACCUGAGCCAGGGCUUUCAUCCAGUACAAGGGCUGGCCCUGUGCACUCUGAGCGCCAUGGGCUCCGCUGACAUGUGCCGGGACCUGCUCCCAGAGGUGGAGAAGCUGCUGCUGGAGCCCAGCCCCUACGUGCGGAAGAAGGCUAUCCUGACCGCAGUGCACAUGAUCCGGAAAGCCCCCGAGCUCUCUAGUGUCUUCCUCCCGCCCUGCACCCAACUGCUUCAAGAGCACCACCAUGGCAUCCUGCUGACCACCAUGACACUGAUCACUGAGCUCUGUGAACGAAGCCCUGCAGCCCUCAGGCACUUCCGAAAGGUGGUGCCCCAACUGGUGCAAAUCCUCCGGACCCUCGUGACCACAGGCUACUCCACAGAACACAGCAUCGCUGGAGUCAGCGACCCCUUCCUGCAGCCCCGUGCCCCUUUCUCUAGGCUCUCUUCUGCCUUUCAACCUUUAAUCCAACCACAGGUGCAGAUACUUCGUCUACUUCGCAUUCUGGGCCGGAACCACGAGGAGAGCAGCGAGGCCAUGAAUGACUUGCUGGCCCAGGUGGCCACCAACACAGACACCAGCCGCAACGCGGGCAGCGCCAUCCUGUUUGAGACAGUGCUCACCAUCAUGGACAUCCAUUCUGCAGCCGGCCUGCGGGUCCUAGCUGUCAACAUUCUUGGCCGCUUCCUGCUCAACAGUGACAAGAACAUUAGGUAUGUGGCCCUGACGUCGCUGCUGCGGCUGGUGCAGUCCGACCAUGGGGCUGUGCAGCGGCACCGGCCCACGGUGGUGGAGUGUCUGCAGGAAACCGACGCCUCCCUCAGCCGGCGGGCCCUGGAGCUGAGCUUGGCCCUGGUGAAUAGCUCCAAUGUGCGAGCCAUGAUGCGGGAGCUGCAGGCCUUCCUGGAGUCCUGCCCGCCUGAUCUCCGGGCCGACUGUGCCUCGGGCAUCCUGCUGGCUGCGGAAAGGUUCGCUCCAAGCAAACGGUGGCACAUAGACACCAUCCUGCACGUACUGACAACGGCAGGCACCCAUGUGCGUGAUGACGCAGUGGCCAACCUGAUCCAGCUGAUUGGGGGGGCCCGGGAGUUACACGCCUACUCAGUGUGCCGCCUCUACAGUGCCCUGGCAAAUGAUAUCUCCCAGCAACCGCUGGUGCAAGUGGCAGCCUGGUGCAUCGGGGAAUACGGGGACCUCUUAUUAGAGGGGAACUGCGAGGAAACUGAGCCCCUUCAGGUGGAAGAAGAGGAGGUGUUGGCACUGUUGGAAAAGGUGCUGCAGUCCCAUCUGUCCCUGCCGGCCACCAGAGCCUACGCCCUCACGGCCCUCAUGAAGCUCAGCACCCGGUUCCGCGGGGACAACAACCGCAUCCGCCAGGUGGUGUCCAUCUACGGGAGCUGUGUGGACGUGGAGCUGCAGCAGCGGGCUGUGGAGUAUAACGCGCUCUUCCGGAAGUACGACCACAUGAGGGCUGCCAUUCUUGAAAGGAUGCCCCUGGCGGAGCGAGGCGACACUCAGGUCGAAGAGGAAGAAGAGGAAAGCAACAAGGCUGCCCAGCUUUCGGAAGCCGCAGCCCCUGUGCCCACGGAGCCCCAGGCCUCCAAGCUCUUGGAUCUGCUGCACCUCCUGGACGGCUCUUCUGGGGAGGCCCCGUGCCCGCCCCCUCAGGGUCCCCUCCCGGGAGGCACCUUAGUACACCUCCUCGACCUUCCCUGUGCACCUGCACCCCCAGCUGCCAUCCCCGACUGCAAAGCGUUUGAGCGUGAUGGGGUACAGCUGAACCUCUCUUUCAUUCGACCACCUGAAACUCCCGCUUUGCUCCUGAUCACCGUCACUACCACCAACUCCUCGGGGGGUGAUGUCACCCAUUUCACCUGCCAGGCUGCUGUGCCCAAGAGUUUGCAGCUGCAGCUGCAGGCCCCCAGUGGGGACACGGUUCCAGCUCAGAGCAGCCUGCCCAUCACCCAGCUUUUCAGAAUCCUCAAUCCUAACAAGGCCCCCUUGCGGCUGAAGCUGCGCCUCACCUAUAACCACCUUGGCCAGUCCGUCCAGGAGACCUUUGAGGUGAACAACUUGCCUGUGGAGACCUGGCAGUAACUGCCCACCUGUCCCAAAGCCUUGGAGCCGCAACAGCUGGAGGCCUACACCUGAGGUCUACCAGCAGGUGGCGCUCCGGCCCUGUGUUUGCCACUGCAAGAACAGGGGGGAGGGGUGGUCCCUUCCCCCACAAAUAAUGAAAGCCCAAUAAAGCCUGAAGGGGUUGGA